GCUAAGAUGGCGGACCGGCGACGACGAAGGAGGCGCGCGUCUCAGGAUAGCGAAGAUGAGGACGAGUCUGCGUCCGGGUCGGAGAGCGGAAGGUCGGCUUCUCCCAGCACGAAGAGCCGCGCUAGAGUCCCCGAGCCGGGAGACCCUCCAGCCGGGCGCGUUGGCGCGAAAAGCGACGUCGAGUCCGAGUGUGAAAGUGAAGAUGGGGUAGGUGAAGCUGUCCUUUCUGACUACGACAGUGCUGAUCCGGAGGAGAACGGCUCGCACUCGGAGGGAGGAGAAGAUGAAGAGGAGGGUGAGCACUUCAGUCAAGAAGAUGCACACCCAGCUGCAGAGCAGAAAGCAGCAGCCAGUGCUCCUACUGAAGCUUUGGGAGAGGUUGAAGAAGCAGAAGAAGAGGUGGGGGAGGAGGAAGAGCAAGAAAUAAAAGAAGUGAAAGCUGAAGAGAAGGGCAACUUGGCAGGAGAGAGGCAAAGUGGAGAUGGUCAGGAGAGCACAGAUGAUCCUGAGAAUAAAUUAGCUAGCAAAGCUGGUCAGAAGUUGGAUGAUGAUGAAGACCGGAAGAAUCCGGCGUACAUCCCCCGAAAGGGCCUUUUUUUUGAGCAUGAUGUACGAGGCCAGGCUCAAGAUGAAGAAAGGCCUAAGGGCAGACAUAGGAAGUUGUGGAAAGAUGAGGGUCGCUGGGAGCAUGAUAAGUUCCGGGAGGAGGACCAGGCUCCUAAAUCACGUGAGGAACUGAUUGCUAUUUACGGUUAUGACAUUCGCAACGGUAAUGGUCCCAGCGACAACAGACCAUUCAAGUCCCGGAAGCCGAGGCAUCUUGGCCCGCUAAACCAAGAGUCCAAGCGUUACAGGGAUGGUGAAAAGCCACCACGUUCCUCAUGGCAUGGCCCAGCUCCCAGUGCCCGAAAUGACCCACCAGUAACAAUACCCCAGUCAAGUGUUCCUGCAGCUCCUCGUUCUCAGAAUAGGCCCUUUAUCCAGCCCCCUGCACGCACCUUCCAGAGCAGCCGUCGGCCUGAAAUAAGAAAUCAUCUUAAGGCCACAACACGACCUCAGGCUCCUGAAAUUGAGAGGGCACCCAGGCUCAAGGGCCGAGGUUCUCAUGGACCCCCUCAUCACACUCAGCGCAACACGCAAGACGAUGAAGAAGAGGAAGGCGAGAUUCCCACUGUAGCCACCACUUUCACUGCCCAUUACUAUAAAACUGAGCAGGAGACAACUUCAUCUCCGCAGAAGGAAGACAGUGGAACAGUGGAGGAGCAGCAGUUGAGUACACCUGGCACUGUAAGGGAGGUGUCGCCACCUCCCGAGAGGCCAGUGGAGAAAAAAUCCUACUCUCUGGCACGCAGAAGCCGAGCCAGGACUUCGGACCUUAGCAAGCAGGCCUCUCUGGAAGAGGCAGUGCUCACUCCACAGGUUGUGCCUGCUGCUGUCAAGAGCGAAUCAUGGCAGGGACAGGGUGACACGGGCACACAGAGUGGCCUAUCAAGGCUUGAUCAGGGUCUAGCCCGUCUCAGUCUGGGUGGGCAAAGCUGGGGCCAGAAUCCACCCUCAUAUCUUCGGCCUGAGAUGAGAGGCAUCCCUAGUUCUAUACAUAUGGGAGGUGGACCACCGCAGUAUGGCAACAUGGAGGACAUGGGUGUCGGUGGUGGCAGGGCUAAACGGUAUUCAUCGCAGAGGCAGAGGCCAGUGCCUGAACCAGCGCCAAUGCAUAUAGGGCUCAUGGAGGGCCACUACUACGAUCCUAUGUCAUUUCAAGGACCAAUCUACACACAUGGUGACAGUUCUGCUGCCAUGCCACCACAAGGGCUGCUGGUACAACCAGAACUUCACCUGCCCCACCCCACACACCCCGGCUUGCAUCCACAUCAGUCAGGAGGACCGAUUCCUAAUGCUGCGCUCUAUGCUGCUCCACCCGUUUCUCUGUCCCCGGGACAGCCACCCCCACAGCAACUUCUGGCUCCACCCUUCUACCCUCCACCUGGAGUCAUGACAUUUAGCAACACCAACUACCCUUACCCUGCUGGAGCUACACUACCCCCCAUGUACCCCAAUGCACAGGCUCAGUCACAGGUGUAUGGUGGAGUGACGUAUUUCGACACAGUACAGCAGCAGGCUCAACCCAAACCUUCUCCACCACGUCGCACUUCACAGCCAGUCACAGUCAAACCUCCCCCACCAGAGGACCAGGGCAGAAAGGCUAGUGAAGAAGUGCGCUCCUAGCUGCUGCUAAAAGAAGUGACCAGGACCAGCACCACUUGUGGAUGAAAUAUUUUUUUUGCUUUGUUACAUCUCUUUCUUUCUUUUGUUUUUUGUUUGAUUUUAUUCAUUUCAUCACGCAUGUCGACAUUUACUCUCAUGCAGGGCCCUCCUUGCGACUCAUGUUUCAAUCACAUUUUUCAUUACCUGAUUUUUCUGCUGCUUCACUCUCAUCAAGGCAUGUAUUGUUUCCUGAAGGAAAUGUACUGUAAAAUAUACGUUUGGCCGAAAUCGAGAGGGGCUUCGCUGCUAUUAAUCACCAUCAUAAUCAUUAUCAGUAAUCAUCCUGUGUUGUACUAAUAAUCCAGACCAUAAUUUUGGAAGGGGAAAAGGCAGAUUACAAACACUUUCAUUUCGUGCAGCAUUUUGAAUAAACGUCAAAUUGUCUGCCAGAAAUGCAAUACCUACUUGUUGCAAACUGUAUCUGCAUGAUAAUUCCCAAAUGGAAUGUUUAACCAGUUAUGUAUUUUAAAGAAUACAGUUUGAAAGCAGGUCGCCACCAUAGAGUAACACAUUAGGAUGCUCAUUUCACAUUAAGUUUAAAAUAUGCAUGUAGUCUUUGGUUUCACAUUCAGCAUUAGAGGGCACUUUUCUUGGCCUGGCAGUCUAUGCAUCUGUUUUUUUUUUUUUGUUUUGUUUGUUUUUUUGUCCUUCUAGAUUUGUAUAGAUGUUUUUAUUAGUGACUAAAAUAAGGCAAUAUGUUUCAGCUGUAGUGCAUUUUCCAGACCAGUCAGUGAGGGCACGAAGCGUUGAGCUGUGGCAUGGGUAUGAUCUAUGUUAUUGGAUAAACUAAUUGACCAAAAAAAAUGCUGGCAUCCUAGUUGUCAGUGCUGAUUAUACAGAACUAA